CGCAGAUGAGCGCUCUCUCAGACAGCGGCGGGCGGCCGGGCGCCCGGCAUGUCCCCUGAGUGUGCACGGACGACGGGCCCCGGCCCCUCGCGCACCCUGGACCAAGUCAAUCGCACCCACUUCCCUUUCUUCUCGGAUGUCAAGGGCGACCACCGGUUGGUGUUGAGCGUCGUGGAGACCACCGUUCUGGGACUCAUCUUUGUCGUCUCACUGCUGGGCAACGUGUGUGCUCUAGUUCUGGUGGCGCGCCGUCGGCGCCGUGGGGCGACAGCCAGCCUGGUGCUCAACCUCUUCUGCGCGGAUUUGCUCUUCACCAGUGCCAUCCCUUUAGUGCUCGUCGUGCGCUGGACUGAGGCCUGGCUGCUGGGGCCCGUCGUCUGCCACCUGCUCUUCUACGUGAUGACCAUGAGCGGCAGCGUCACGAUCCUCACACUGGCCGCGGUCAGCCUGGAGCGCAUGGUGUGCAUCGUGCGCCUCCGGCGCGGCUUGAGAGGCCCGGGGCGGCGGACGCAGGCGGCGCUGCUGGCUUUCAUAUGGAGUUACUCGGCGCUCGCCGCGCUGCCCCUCUGCAUCUUGUUCCGCGUGGUCCCGCAGCGCCUUCCCGGCUGGGACCAGGAAAUUCCGAUUUGCACAUUGGAUUGGCCCAACCGCAUAGGAGAAAUCUCAUGGGAUGUGUUUUUUGUGACUUUGAACUUCCUGGUGCCGGGACUGGUCAUUGUGAUCAGUUACUCCAAAAUUUUACAGAUCACGAAAGCGUCGCGGAAGAGGCUUACGCUCAGCUUGGCGUACUCCGAGAGCCACCAGAUCCGAGUGUCCCAGCAAGACUACCGACUCUUCCGCACGCUCUUCCUGCUCAUGGUUUCCUUCUUCAUCAUGUGGAGUCCCAUCAUCAUCACCAUCCUCCUCAUCUUGAUCCAAAACUUCCGGCAGGACCUGGUCAUCUGGCCGUCCCUUUUCUUCUGGGUGGUGGCCUUCACGUUUGCCAACUCCGCCCUAAACCCCAUUCUGUACAACAUGUCGCUGUUCAGGAACGAAUGGAGGAAGAUUUUUUGCUGCUUCUUUUUCCCAGAGAAGGGAGUCAUUUUUACAGACACGUCUGUCAAGCGAAAUGACUUGUCUGUUAUUUCCAGCUAACUAGCUGCUGGUGCCAGGUGAACCACAGUGUGCAUGUAAAGGGAGUUAACUUCAGGGAAAGCCCACCAGUGCGCCCUGCUUUAAAAAUACCCGACUUCCAACAGCACACAUCUAUGAGGCCAGCAAAUGAAGGAAUGAUCGCUCAGUAUAAAAAUAUUUUUCCUUAAGAGAACUUUCUAUGGGUUCCUUUUGUGAACUUUUUUUAGUGUGUUUAUAAUAUGAUCUAGUUAAUAAAUUUUUAUUUAUAACUGUUCCUACA